AUGGUGGACAGCAAGAUCCCUGAGCCGGGACCAGCCAAACUGAAGCGCAAUGCAGGUCCAGACGAAUGGCUGGAGGCAGCAAAAGAUUGCAAGUAUCUGUCAGAACAGCACAUGAAGCAGCUUUGCGAGAUCGUCAAGGAGUACAUGAUGGAGGAAUCAAAUAUCCAGCCCGUAUCGACGCCGGUCACGGUUUGCGGUGACAUCCAUGGCCAAUUUUACGAUUUGCUUGAGCUUUUCCGGGUAUCGGGCGGAAUGCCCGACGGGUCUGAGGCGGAGGCCCCGAAGACGCAGUCAGCUGUCAUUACAUCGGACGAUAUCGAACCUCCAUCCACGAUCUCAGAUCCCAAGCUACGAAAGAAGUUGAGAAAUGCCGCUGCGCCGGAGGAGGGAGGCGAAGACUCCAGUGCGAGCCAAAGAGACCGGUCCUCGAGCUCUGGCUCAAGAGAUGUCGAGCUCAAGCGGAACUUUGUAUUCUUGGGUGACUAUGUCGAUCGUGGAUACUUCAGUCUGGAAACCCUGACAUUGUUAUUAUGUCUCAAAGCCAAAUACCCUGACAGGGUAACACUGGUGCGCGGAAAUCACGAGUCUCGUCAGAUUACGCAGGUGUACGGGUUCUAUGAGGAAUGCUUUCAGAAGUACGGAAAUGCCUCUGUAUGGAAGGCUUGUUGUCAAGUGUUCGACUUCAUGACAUUGGGUGCCAUCAUCGACGGUAGAGUGUUGUGUGUACAUGGAGGAUUGAGUCCAGAGAUCAGGACCUUGGACCAAGUUCGUGUGGUUGCCAGAGCCCAGGAGAUUCCGCACGAAGGCGCCUUCUGUGACCUUGUGUGGUCAGACCCAGACGAUGUGGAAACAUGGGCUGUCAGCCCCAGAGGAGCAGGUUGGCUGUUCGGUGACAAGGUGGCCGACGAAUUCUGUCACGUCAACGACUUGACGUUGAUCGCCCGAGCGCAUCAGUUGGUGAACGAGGGCUACAAGUAUCAUUUUGCGAACCAAAAUGUGGUUACUGUCUGGAGUGCGCCCAACUACUGUUACCGAUGCGGAAAUCUGGCGUCCGUCUGCGAGAUUGGUGACGACCUCAAACCGACGUUCAAGUUGUUCAGUGCUGUCAGCGACGACCAACGACAUGUUCCCGUAUCGCGGCCGGGCCGCAGCGAGUACUUUUUGUAG